AUGUACCAUUACAACAAUUAUGAUGGAUCUAUAAAUAGAGCCAUUGAUGGAACACAGAAACUAAAUAAAUCAUUAAAUUCAAGAACUAGUCGAUACUUAUCAACGUAUGAUGAGAUGCAUUAUUCAAAAUACUAUUAUCCAGAUUACGGAUAUAAGAAGGAAAAGAAUUUUAAAAAAUUUAUAAACAAUGUAACACAUAAAAAUCAAAACAUUUUAAAAAAAAUAGAUGCCUCCUACGAAAAAGAAUUAUUCCAUAGAUUUAGUGAAAUAAACAAUGCUGCAAGAGAGAGAAGAAGUAUGGGUGAAAAAAAGUAUUAUUUUAAAAAAUACAAAAAUCUUAUUGCUAUAUUGUCUGUACCUUGGGCUUUAUAUUUAUCAGGAGUUUAUCUUUUGGUAAAAAGUUCCUUAUUUUAUGAAAAUAUGUAUAUUUUUUCAAUAGUACUUUGUUUAUCAUCUUUAUUAGCACUUAUAUAUAUUUUCACAAAAGUCUUUAAAUAUCGUAUGAUGCGAGAAGGAAGGUUUAAACCCAAAGUAUCUGAUUAUAUAAAUGUUCUUAAAAAAUCAUGUAAUGAGUGUCAUUCAGAUUAUGGUACAUUAAAUUAUGAUAUGCUUUAA